AACCUUACAGAUUAGAGAUAGUUUAAUGCGGGCAACAAAAUGACCUACUCAGAAAAUGUUUUUGGUCAACUUUAAUAGUUGGGUCUCUAUAGUCACUGUUUUUGAAUUCCGGCUGAGAAACUGAAAUUGGACCAAAACGGACUUCAUAUUAGUAAUUAGCACCGUCGAUUAUAUAUACGAAGAGCAGUAGUUAAAACUAUUAAUAAAUAAGGAAGGUAGCCUUGUUAGACCGAAGAAAGAAAACUUAUCAACUUAGUCCUCUUGAAGGUGUUGAAAACUCCGCCCAAUACAUCCUACUCCACGUUUGUAAAGGAACUAGAUUGUAAAGAUUUCUACGGUGUGCUUAUAUCGGGAAUCCCAUGCAAGCUAUACCUGGUGACACAUUUUACGGAUUUCUUAGUCGCUUUUGUCGGCAAGAUUGUGUUGCGCUUUUAUGCAUUGCAUUGUUCAGAAGAGUAAGAUUUUAAUAUAAACUUACACUCCUCUUUUAUAUUUCACAACCGUAUACACUAUACGGACUUUCGCAAAAUGUCUGAAGGUCGAUGUAUCAAAGUUUGAUUAGCUCUCUAUUUGGAGGCGAAAACGUCUUAUGCUCGUGACGCCUGAGUGAAAGUCAUAAGAGACCUUUCUCUUGUCUGUCAAGUACUAUUGUGGAACUCCUCUAGUGUUGCACGUUUUAUAUGAGAUAUAAAAGUACGAGCGUAAGUUUAUCCACUACCAAAAGUCUACUAAUACCAGACCUCUGCAGAUUACGUACGAACGUGGUCCUUGCGUAACAUCUGGAAGGUUUUUCACGUCAAUCGUUUUAAUGCAUUUAAAACGUUUUGUUCUACGAAAUCUGACAGGGUUUAGAAAUGGUUGCACUUCUCUAUGCCCUUUUAGGAUUCGUAACCAAACCUCUUUUCUCAAGAGUAUGAUGCAAACAGGAGGAGAUUCACAUUGAGAUCUUGAACGUCGAAGCUGAUAAUUCUUUUAUAGAUUUUGGAAUGAGUUGCAUUCAUACAUUUUCAAAUCAAGGCCGGCGCUAAUAAACUCAUGUAUCUGACUUUUCUGCUCACACAUUUUGCAUUGUUCUCUUUCAUUAUCUCAUGCAGGUCGAAGAUUUUUAUACGAGUACUAGUUCAUCAUCAAUUAGCUCCGUACCAGUACAAUUUUUAAUCAAUGUUUAUACUCAACCAUCCUAUAUCGCACCGAUUCUGAACAGUACAGAUCCAAUUUGUAUCAGUGUACAAGUAGGUGUGCCAUGGUCAACAACAUUGAACAUAUAUCAGGUUGGUAGUAUGACAUCAACACGUUCAAUUACUGAUGUUGAUAUACAACAAACAUUUACCCCUGGCGUUACUGAAGGAACAUUAUCGACAACUGCAUUAAAUCAUUCGUGGUAUACAGAAACAUUAAAUUGGACACCGACAGCAACAGAUGUUGGACCACAAAUUAUAUGUGCAGUUGCUAGAGAUGAUGCUAAUGUAACGUCAAAUACAUAUUGUCUACGGUUUGUCGUUGCAAGUGGUAAUGUGGGAUUAUGUCCAGGACAAACAACAACGACAACCUUCACAACAACGACAACCCCUACAACAACGACAACCUUCACAACAACGACAACCCCUACAACAACGACAACCUUCACAACAACGACAACCCCUACAACAACGACAACCCCUACAACAACGACAACCUUCACAACAACGACAACCCCUACAACAACGACAACCUUCACAGCAACGACAACCUUCACAAUAACUCCUAGUACAAAUACUAUAACUUGUGCGUCUCAUCUUAAUUUACCAUUAAUUAUUGGUCUAUCCAUGUUAGCUUUACUUCCGCUAUUGGCUCUAUUAUGUUGCGCAUGCUAUUGGUGUUUAUGUGGUCCGGGUGCAGCUCGUCGACGACGAAAACGUAGAGAAGAAGAAAUACGACGAAAGUACUUGCUACUCCAUCCACUAUCGACAGAUAGUCAGCAUAUAUCAUGUACAGCUGAGCCAACCACUCUAAAACAAAAAUGCGUCCGUCCAUUAAGGUCAAGGUUACGUCAUCGACAUUUUCGUAGUGUCAAACCCACAGUAUUGGCUUUGUCCAAACCAAAUAAAACCUGCUUGAUCUAUAAUCUAUUUGAUGAUAACCGUAAAAGCACCUACGAUGAUGCUCUCAAUAGUGGUCGACAAAUAAGGACCACUAGUUUAAGUAGUUCAUCUGCUCGGCACCUUGAUGUCAUAAAGAAACAGAAAUUUACCCGUCCAUUAAGCGCUGUUAGCGUUAAACGUCUAAAUAAAGACCAACAGCCGCCUGCAAUAGGCAAUGAAAAACUCAAUGCUCCAGUACUUAAUUAUGGCGAAGAAGAGGCUGUUAAUACAUCCGACAUCAGUUUGCCUGACGCAACAGUUAAUGAGCGGAGGCGUCGCGCGAGCACAUUGAGCGUCAAGAAAUUACCACGAACAAAAUCAUCAACUCCAAGUGGACGUAUUAUCAGUGUACCAAAGUCUGCAUCUGUUCCAACACAUGAUACUCCUUCCGAAAAGCGAGCUACUACUGCUGUUAGUGUAACAAAACUACGACGUCAAUCUAUUGCUCCUGCUUCUAUUAAAAUUUGCUCAUCAUCAAUACCAACUUGUAGUAAUACCCUAACAUCGGAUUCCUCGCCACUGCCGCGCCCACCACCACAAUCACCCUCAAGAAGAGCAACAGCUACUAUUAACGUUAUCAAAUUAAAACGUCUUAAAUCACCUGCUAUGCCAGUUUCCGAUAAGUCUGAAACAGCAACUGCAGAGGAGCCAUUGGCAGAAAUUAGUUUAGACCAAUCACGCAUAGAAUCAACUGUAGAAGGCGCUUCUCAGGCCCAUGCAUCACGAAAAGCACACAUGGAAUUCUGA